AUUCAAAACAUGGCGGACUUAGAAAGAACCUUGGAAGUUUUUACAAAAUUGUCCUUACAAAACUUUACAAAUGAUUGGGUAAAAUCUAUAUGGGAUAAUGACUUCACAGAAAUAGAUCCUUUAGACAUUGCUGUAGAGGGGGAAUUAGAAGAUAAUGGAUAUCACACUGUUACGUUUAGGAUACUACAGACUGUAUUUGAUGACUGGAAGUCGAACAAAGAAGGAAAAGAUGGAGAAGGAUUCUGGAGCGUGCUGGUUGAAAAUGAUAUUUCCCAUAAAAGUUUGAUAGCAUUGUUUGCAUAUUUAAUGGAUAUAGGGAAUAAGAAAACAUCAGGUUCUACAAAAAAAGAAGCAGGAAUUUUAUCUGCAUCAUGCUACAUCAAGAUGCUAAGCAUACCAGGAAGUAUAGCAUUCAAGGUGUUUCAUCCAGUUUUAUAUGAAAAGGCAGUAGAUAUAAUCAAAACAAUCAAUACUUUAGGAGCUGGUGGUAAAAGGAAGAGAAGUGUAUCACCAGCACCAAGCCAGAAAGGUAAAAGAGGCAGAGGAAAUAAAACCAGGAACCAGGAUCCUACUCUUAACCUUCAGGAUUUUGGAAGUGACGACGAUGAGAGUAUAGAGGAACUGGCGCCACAAGAAAUCACAGGAUUCAGAAAGUUGUUAGAAGCUUUGUUAAAGGAUUUGAUCAGUUUGUUAGAGACCACAUCACUACGCCAGUCUGAAUCAUCAGCAUAUCACACUGUUCAGAUCCUAGCCACACUCACCAGACAAGAUACAGAUACAUAUGAUGGAAAAUUUGAUCAAGGGUCAAUUCAGAGGUUAUCAAUUCCAGGACUUGCUUAUAGGGGAUUAAGUCUAUUGUGUAAACCACUACAUGGACAUGUUGGGUCAUUGGUCAAUGCUACAUGUAAAUAUCUAUUGCCUAAUCUUCUUAUGUUGAUUGGUGAUAAUAAAGUUGCUGCCCAAUCUGUACCUAAACACAUACAGGUGACAAGAGAUCAUGCUAUGUACUUUAUAAGUUCCUUAUUGAAGACUGAAGAAAGAUCAGUAAAUACAGUGAAGACACUCCUCCAACAUAUGUGUACAAAAGUUCCUGAUAAAGCUGAAUAUAGAGGGAAGGUAGCACAGUCAGUUGUCACGAUAUUACAGGAACUUCCAAACACAGCAUAUGGUCAUAUGGUUGAAUGGUUUUAUAAACUCUCUAAACAUUCUAAGAUAAACAACAGAGCCUUUGCUAUGGAGGUUGUUCUUAGUUUAUUAUCUACACCAGAAAGACAACCUGAUGAGCACAUGACACCUGAGACAGCUGUUUUUAUCAAGCAUACCUCAUUAUUGGGAAUUUUGUUAGCUAGAUGUUCCGAUGCUGCUCCUACUGUAAGAACCAGAGCUAUAUCAUCAUUUUCAACAUGUUUCUUGUCAAAAGACAAUGUUAUAAAAGAAACAUUACAGGAUAUAGUAACACCUAGAAGUAGGCUAAGAGAACAUCCUCCUCCACACCUUAUACCAACACCUGCCAUGGAAGUCAGGACACAAUCUACUACUGAUGACAAUAACACAACAAACAAUGCAGAGAAGACGGCAGAGAAUAUUCAAGGUCCAGCUGUAGAAGAUCAGACACCAAUUAAUGCCAACCAACCACCUGCUCCUGGGAAAACACCAUUCCAUGGAGUUUAUCUCACACCAUAUAAUCCAAACAUGCCUGAUGAUGAUGGUGUGACAUCCAUGUUUAGACGCAGAGCAAAAGAUCCUAAAGUCAAUGUCAGAAAGGCAGCAUUACAUGCAUUAGAGAAUAUCAUAAGAUUUCAGUGCCCUGACUACAGUAGACAGGAUUUAGAUGUUUUAGUAGAAAGAUGUCGAGAUCCAGCUCUUUCUGUACGGAAACAGUCUAUGCAGUCUUUGACUGAUUUGUUACUGGCGUUCCCUACAGAAAAACCAUUACAGAAAGCCUGGUUAGAAGGAGUGAUGCCUCUAGUUAUAGAUAGAGAGACAAGUCUACAAGAGAAAUGUAUGGACCAGUUAGAAGAAAUUGUAAUACACAAUAUCGUACCUCUUAAAAGGAUGACCAAUGAAUCACACAGACUUGCCUGGGAUGUCCUCAAUAUAAUGACCCGUUCUGAGUCGGUAGAUCUAAGGAAAUAUUUACAGAAAGCAUGUCGACAUUGGUCCAGACAGGGGAAGAUUAAAGCCACUCUUAUUUCCAAUUUACAGACUCAUGUGAACACAGAUAGCAAUGAAGUAGCUUGGAUGUUACUGGCAGAGUUAGCACCAGCUGUACCUAAAAUGUGUCAUGGCUUUGUGAUAGAGUACUGGGAGCAACAAGCUCAUACAUCUGAUGAAUAUGGUACCCUACAAAGAGUUCUCUCAGUGAUGGCAUGUUCUGCUAAAUUUUUCCCUGAUGAUAAAAGAGAUAGACUUAUUGAUUACCUAAGGAACAGAUUAUUACAGUUCAAUUCUCCUCCAGAGCUCAUAUCCAUCACCAUAGAAACCCUCUCUAAGUUGUGUGAAAGUAAAGCUGAAGCAACAAACAAGAGAUCUGAGAAAGAUGCAUGGUGUGUGGACUUACUCAAGGCUUGUGAUACCUACCUGUCACAUGUUAUAUUAGAAGAAUAUGUUGAUCCAAUAAAUGAAGAUAUGGUAGUACGACACUUAUUUACUUUGGGAGAGAUAGCACAGAUCUGUCCUGCCAAAACACCAAAGAGAAUCUUCCUUAUUGUACAGAGCAUGAUUGCUGCUCCCUGUAUUUCAGCUCCACCUUCACAUGGAUCAGUAAACAUAUCCAGUGGUUCAACAGAAAGUGUGGAGAAUUCAGAGAAGACGACCAGAGCUUCCAGUAGAGCCUCAACAAGAACUUCUACCGGCUCUGUGGGUUCUACUGAGGAUCAUACAGAGUUAACCCAGAAAACACAAUUAAGAUUCUCCCAGCAGACGCAGGGAUUCUCACAGAUACAACUUACACAAGCAUUCUCACAGUUUCAAGGAUCAAAGAUGUCAAAUAGAAUCAGAGCUUUUGCUUUCAUAGCUCUGGGUAAACUGUGUCUACAGAAUCCAGACUUGGCUAAGAAAUGUGUUGCAGCUUUAGCAAGAGAAUUGGAAACUUGCAAGGACCCUACUAUACGUAAUAAUGUAGUCAUUAUAAUGUGUGAUUUAUGUGUCAGGUACACAACCACAGCUGAUAGAUAUGUAUCUAAUAUUGCUGCCUGUCUGAAGGACGAAUCACCAUUGGUUAGGAAACAGACACUAACACUAUUUACAAGGUUACUUCAGGAAGAUUUCUUGAAAUGGAAAGGAGUAUUGUUCUUCCGUUUCAUAAUGACAUUACUGGAUUCUAAUAUAGAGAUAGCAGAUUUUGCCGAGUUCUGUCUUGUUCAUUUAUUAAUGCAGAGACACCCGACCAUGUUCUUCCAACAUUUCCUAGAAUGCAUAUUUCAUUUUAAUGCUUACGAAGAUCAUGCAACUUUCAACAAGUUUCCACAAAAUGAAAAAGAAAAGAGAAUGUUUUGUUUGAAAGGGGAUCAUAAUGCCAGCAAAAGAUUAAAGUUAUAUUUGUUUAUGUUGGAGUAUAUGACUGAUGAACACAGGUUUCAGAUGACUGCCAAAAUGGCACAAGAGAUACUUGGUGGUGUUGUUGAUGGAAUUAUACCACUGAAUGAGAAAAGCAGUGUUUUAUUGAAGGAUACAUUAGCUAUACUUAGUAGUAAGGAAAUCAAGCUAUCCUCUUUACGUGCCAAACCACAGGAAGAGAUGGCUGGUGACGAUGAAGAAAGAGCUGCUGUUGUCAUGGCAGUUGCUAAAAAGACAUUAAUCACACAGGUUGUGAAGAAAAAUGUUAUAGAAAACAUUGUGCCAAUUGUUGUCUCUCUUAAACACAUGUUAGAACAACAAAGAUCUACAGUAUUGAAAGACCUGAUGAUGUAUCUUAGAGAACUGUUAAAAGAUUAUAAAAAUGAAGUACAAGAUAUUUUAUCAGCUGACAGACAAUUAGCCACUGAGAUUGAGUUUGACCUGAGAAAGUUUGAAGAACAAGAGGAAGAGUUAGAAAGACAGAGGAAUGCAUCAAUAGUUCAGGCUACUUCACAGCCAGGAAGUCCACAUGUUUCGUCUAAACCAACCACCCCAGCUGGAUCUAAACCAGGUACACCAUCUUCUAAACCUAGCUCCCCAAGAUUAGCAGGCCAAGGAGGUUCACCUAGACUGGAGAACCAAAAAGGUUCACCUAGACCUGGGAUAUCAACAAAAAAAGUACAAAGUCCCAAAGGUGGUUCUAAACAAGCAUCAGACAAUGAUCGUUCUGUCAUGGGUCCACCUACAGUCCAAGUUGUAGGUGCUACUCCUAUGAAGACACCUGCCAGGGAAGCAUCACUUUCUACAUUAGCAAUCCUUAAUUCUGCUAGGAAGGCAUUUGAGAGAGCUCAGAAUAUUCAUGACAGUCUAUCAAAGAGUUCCACUGAAGAACCAGCUUCACGAUCGUCAGCUGAGGCACAGACAUUUGAAUCACCAUCUCUGAAGAAGACUUCUUCCAAACGCAAAUCUAUUUUGAAAGAAAAGAAAAAGAGUAAUGAUGAUGAUGAAGAAGAUGAGAGCCCACAUCUUGGAGUUAGGUUUGCAGAAGGGGUAAAGGACAAAGCCACACCUCCUAGGACCCUAAGAGGAAACCGGGCGAUAAGUACACCCUCAGGUGUAUUGAACAACAUCACUUUCCAUGCUGAUCAUAAUGUAACACUUAUACCACCGUCACCGAUCCCUACUUGUAUGCCUAUCAGAGUAUUCAGUGAUGCUUCAGAAGAAAAUGCCACUCCUGGAACACCUCAAAAAGGAACACAGGGCAGUAAAGAUACAGUUUACAUGUUCUCUCCAGAUAAACCGUUACCACGACCCAGAAAAUGGAAUAUAAAAUCACCUGCUCCAAGUAGAGGCGUUGUCAAAAAAGGAUCAUCUGAAAAUGAAGAUCCUAGUGAUGAGAAUGAGGCUGCACAAAACACAGAAGAAACAAAUAAACAAUAUACAAAACCAAGAAGUAAAACAAGACGAAGUGCUCGCUUGAGUAAAUCAUGAAAAUAUUGAGUUUAUAUAGUUAUACAUUUAUACUGUACAGAUGCUGAACACAUGCUUUUAUAUCAUGUAAUAUAUGAAGUGCUGUAUUUAAAAAAAAAUAAUUGCAUGCUAAAAUUAGAAAAAGAAAUGUAGAUUUUUUUUUAUGUAAAAAUACUGAUUAAAAUAACUGAAAAAAAUGCUUUUAGAUCAUGCUUAUUAUUUUUUUUUUUUUAAUUUACAAGAAUUUAUUUGAUAAUACUGAAUUAAAAUUACACACAAAUUGUUCUUACAUUUUCUAAUACAAGUAUAAAAAAAAUCAUGAAAUUCAUUUACUAAAAACAAAUCUUUUAGAAAAAAAAUCACAUUAAAGGGGCAUUAGCUACGACACAAAAAAAAGAUUAAAAUAUGAUUUUUUUGUUCAAUCAUUAAAUGAAAGUGAAAUAGUGAAAUAAUAAUUCGUUUUUAGCAGCCUGUUUGGUUCAAUUUUGUCAAAAUAAGCUAAGAAACAUUGCUAAUGAAUUAUUCACUUGCAAGUGAAUAAUUCGACCUCAUUGAAUCCGUAUUCAUGUGACCUUCAAUUUAACCCCUCAGCUAGAGAUGUGUUAUGAAUAAAAAAGGUGUGUUCAGCUAUUAAAAGGAAAACAAUGUCAACAUUGAAAGUGAAACAAGGGUAAACCAUUUGGUUGACUGAUUCGAUCCACAACAACUCAUUCUUAUAAAGGUAAAAACGAUGAUUAAAUAUUUUUUUAACCUAUAAUAUGAAAUCAAACAGACCUAGAUAAAUCCAAUUACAUGUGUUAGCUUUCUAUUUAUAUCUAUAUUUAUGUUUGUAUCGGGUUAUAUGACUGUCAGCAGUCUUCGGAGGUUACCUCCAUGGUUAAUUAAAUAGCAUCUAGACUAAAAUACACACGAAAUGUUGAUACAUAUUAUCGAGUCCAUGCAUCGUAAAUUGUUUUAUUUUAGACUUUUUGUAAUUUGGAUAUUCGUUUUAGUAUGUUAUUAAUCAUUGAGAAUUUGAGUCAAAUUGGUGAAGAUGAAUUUGACAGCUAAUGCCCCUUUAAAGGUUAAAAAAUAUAUUCCAAAGUAUUGCCGUUUGAUCACACUUUAAAUACUGGUAGUUCUGGUUAAAUUUGCUAAAUGUAUUAUUUAUUCCAAUUGGUGUUAAAAAAUUAUGUUCCAGCAAAUAAACAAUCAGGUUUGAUUGAUGUAGGCUGUAUGAUUACAUGUAGAGGUGAAGGUUUUCACAUUAUCCUUCUUUUGGCCUGGAAGAUAAUUGUCUCACUUGUAUUUAUACCAUAUUUCCUUUAAUACUUAUAUAUUUUACGCUGAAUUCAUUAUAUAUUUACAUGUAAUUCUUAAUAAACUGGUUUUCAUUGCUAAAAAAAGGAACCAAUAUUUAAGUCUUUUUUGUUUGUUAAUGUAACUUAGUUAUAAUUAGAGAUAAUAAGAAAUAUUUAAUUCUCAAUACUCAUUAAAUUUAAAUUUUGUUAUAUAUAAAUUUUCUUUUGUCUAUCUGUAACACCUAUAAAUUUGAAUGAUGGGUAGUAAAUAUGUAUUUACUUUUUUUAUCAUGUGGAAAUUGUUAUGUAAAAUAUAAUAAAAAGUCAUUGUGAUAUAAUAUGGUGUUUUAUAGAAAUAAAACUAAUAAUA